GGAGAGAAGGUGAUCAAUCCUCCAUCCGUCUCCAUUAGAAAUCACCUUAACAGUCUGACAGACAACGACAAGCCCCCUGAAAGCAAAUGAGUUUGAUUUGUUUGGCCGUAAAAACGCCUGGAACUGCAGCGAGGACGCGGUUUACGCCCGUGUGCUGCUGACCUGUUUGCAAGUUCCUCCGUGAUGUUGCUCGAUUCGCGCGCGGUUGUUUGUUUUUGAGAAAGUUCCUGCUCGACUUUUGUGCCUGCAGACUCCUUACUACUGGAUAAUUUUACUCGCCUCUUGUGGUCCGAGGGCUCUGGAGAAGGUUUGGAGGAGAAAAAGCUAAGCUAAACAAAAACAAGUGACUUGGAUCGGUCCCCUGUCCCGUCAAGCUGCAGCAUCGGGGGAAACCGAACCACUGGCCUGAGCUGGGUGGAGCAGUGACCGCCUGUAGCAUGAUGUCCUACCUCAAACAGCCCCCCUAUGGCGUCAAUGGCCUGGGGCUCAGCGGCGCUGCUAUGGACCUGCUGCACCCCUCGGUGGGCUACCCAGCGACUCCCAGGAAGCAACGGCGGGAGCGGACUACCUUCACCCGCUCGCAGCUCGACGUCCUGGAGGCUCUUUUCGCCAAAACCCGGUACCCGGACAUCUUCAUGCGAGAGGAGGUGGCUUUAAAAAUCAACCUGCCUGAGUCCAGAGUCCAGGUGUGGUUCAAAAACAGGAGAGCCAAGUGUCGCCAGCAGCAGCAGAGCGGCAGCAGUGCCAAAGCCAGGCCGCCCAAGAAGAAGUCUUCUCCGGCCCGGGAGAGCACUGGAUCGGAGAGCAGUGGCCAGUUUACGCCUCCUGCCGUCUCCAGCACGGGCUCUUCUUCAUCUUCAUCUUCAUCCACAAAUCACACAGGCCCUGCAGCGCUUAGCAGCACCUCUACCUCCAUCAGUACCGUCUCCUCCAUAUGGAGCCCAGCUAUCUCCCCCGGAAAUGCCCCUGCUCCUGCUGUGGCCCCACUCCCUGAGCCUGGACCCCCAUCUAAUGCCUCUUGUAUGCAGCGUUCAAUGUCAGGCUCGGCUGCCGCUGCCACCUCCUACCCUAUGUCCUAUAACCAGACGCCAGGCUAUGGCCAAGGUUACCCCACCCCAUCCAGCUCCUACUUCAGUGGUGUGGACUGCGGCUCCUAUCUAGCCCCGAUGCACUCCCACCACCACCCCCAUCAGCUCAGCCCCAUGACAGCCUCCUCUAUGUCAGGCCACCCGCAUCACCACAUCAGCCAGUCGUCAGGGCACCACCAUCACCACCACCACCAGGCCUAUGGUGGCACCGGCCUGGCCUUCAACUCUUCUGACUGCCUGGAUUACAAAGAGCAGACUGCAGCUUCCUCAUGGAAGCUCAACUUUAACACCACAGACUGCUUGGACUACAAAGACCAGGCCUCCUGGAGGUUCCAAGUCUUGUGAUCAGCCUUUUUUUUUAUAUAGCCCCUUCCCUGCUCGCCUGCUCCCUCUUUUUAUUUGCCAGAUUAGCUUGUUGCUUGUUUUUUAAGACAAAAGAGUUUAUGAACCAUAACGUAACACGAUAGCAGCAGGAAUGCACAGAAAUCGGACUGUUUUUUGCCUCCCUUUCGUCCUCUUCGGCUUAAACAGAGAAAGAAAAAAACCCUUCAAGUCCCGUAAAGCAUCAGGAACAGUUUCCUGAUGACGAAGAGAGGGUUUUUUAAUCUUGGAAGAGCUUAACAAAACUGUUUUUAAAAAAUGACAAAAAAAAAGUCAUUUCAACCAAACUCCUUUGACCACCAGCUGUCUGGAUGGGAGGAAUAUUUUCCCUCUGAUGCACCGACAGGAACUGCCUGCAGUGCCCUUUUACCUCCAACCCAAUCAAAUCCUGUACAGUUUUUAUUUCUGAAAUUUGUUAUUUUAGGAUGACAGAGAUUUUUAGUCAGCUGCACUGAGGAGCUGAAAUAUGUAAAUAUGUAUUUGGGUCAGUUACAGUGACCAUGUUUAGUUGGUGUUUUUUCUGAAUUUGAAAAUUGUUUAUUACCACUUUGGGAGAAAAAAAAAAUAGAAAAAAAAGAAACUGUAUGUAACUCUUUUCCAAAAUUCCAAAGAGAACAAAUUGGCCAUAAAGUUCAGCUUUUAUACAUUGUUUUACUCAGAAAAUAAAAAAAUGGGCAAUUUGAGAUGUCUUUUUGGGA